UACUAUUUAUACACUAGUUCUUCACUCUUCACAUGCUCCACUCUUUCCCACCACCACAACUUGAUCUCAUCCUCCUAACUCAACUCAUUCACAAUGCAGCCAUCCAUGGCGGCGGUCGUAUCCCUCCUCCUCCUCGUCCUCCUCGUUCCCGCCACCACGGCGUUUAACAUCACCAAGAUCCUUAAAGGACACCCUGAGUUCUCCACCUUCAACCAAUACCUUACCGAAACCCACCUUGCCAAUGAGAUCAACCACCUCCAAACCAUCACCGUUCUUGCCCUCGACAACUCUGCUAUGUCUUCCCUCCUCUCCAAGGGCUUCCCUACUCGCGUUAUUCGCAAUGUCCUCUCACUUCAUGUCCUUGUUGACUACUAUGGUGCCAAGAAACUCCACCAGAUCACUGAUGGAACCACGACGACGGCUUCAUUGUUCCAGUCAUCAGGGGACGCAGAUGGGGAUGCAGGGUAUGUAAACAUAACAGAUAUGCACGGAGGAAAGGUCGGGUUCGGACCGGCUAACACGGGUGACUUGAACUCAUUCUUUGUCAAGGCAGUACUAGAAAAACCUUACAAUUUAUCAAUCAUUCACAUUAGUCAAGUGCUUGAUUCAGCUGAAGCUGAGGCUCCUACACCUGAGCCUAGUAAGGUUAACUUGACUUCCUUGUUGUCUUCCAAGGGUUGCAAAGAAUUUUCCCACUUGCUCACCUCUACUGGCGCUCAAAAGACCUUCCAGGAAAACAUUGAGAGCGGCUUAACAGUAUUUUGUGCUAGUGACAGCGCCGUGAAGGCGUUCAUGCCAAAAUUCAAGAACUUAACAGCCGGAAACAAGACUGCGGUACUCUUGUACCACGGUGUUCCGGUCUACAGCUCAAUGAGCAUGCUCAAGUCAAGCAACGGCCUUAUGAACACAUUAGCGACGGAAGGACCUAACAAGUAUGAUUUCACCAUUCAAAACGACGACGAGUCCGUAACAAUAAAAACUAAAGUAGUAACGGCUAAGAUAACGGGGACGUUAGUUGACGAGGAUCCUUUAGCUGUUUAUAAAUUAGAUAAAGUACUCUUGCCACGUGAGCUAUUUAAGCCAUCGGCUACACCCGAGCCGGCUUCUUCACCCGAAGCUGAAGCGCCGGGCCCGGAUGCAGCCGAUGGCCCUGCGUCGGAUGAGGAUGAUGAUGUGGCGGAUUCGACGUCUCAUAAGAAGAAGAAUAAUGCAGCUGGAUUGAUCAACGGUGGAGGAAUUUUGGCUUUGGGGCUCACUUUGUGUUAUUGUGUGCUGGCUGCUUUGUAAAAAUAAUUCCAAAAAUACCAAAAAAAAAAAUACAAAAUUGCAAAAAAAAAAAUUUAAAAAAAAAAUUAAAGGGAAAAAAAUUGAGGGUGUGAUAUAUGACGUGGACAUUGUGAAGCUGGAAGUGAGCUGGAAGAUUAUUUGGCAAGGUUUGAGCACCGACGAUUAGCACAUGAGAUGAUGAGAAAGUUUAAGAAUUUUUUAAUUAUUGAGUGCAAUGUUUAAUAAUUGGUCCACUUGAAGGUUUUUCUUCUUUAUUUUUGGUGUAUAAUGAUAUGAUUCUUUUUGUUUUUUGUUUUUGAUUUUUGAUUUUUGGAAGAUUGUACAACACGUCCUUUUUUGAAUUAAUAAUUAAAAGUAUUAAAUUGUACAAUUUGGUGUGGAAUUAGUUGAUUGCAAUUUAGAUCUUACAUUCAAUAGUACUAUAAAUUUAUGCAUUA